AUGGCCUCCUCCUCUUUGCGUCCCAUUCUACCUUUGGUUCUCGUCCUCUGCAUGGCCACUGUGUUCGCCAUCAGAGCCCAUUCCGACCAAAUGGCCAUGUACUGGGGAUGGCACAUCAACAACCUGGCUGGCGCCGCUCUCAAGGCCACAUGUGAAACUAAUCACUUUACCCAUGUCAGCAUCGCCUUCCUGAGCAACUUCGGCAACGGGCGACCUCCUAGGCCUGACUUUGGCACCUCCUGCGAUGCCGAGUCUGGCGGCUGCAGGAGCCUUGCGGAAGACAUCGCAGCUUGCCAGCGCCUCGGGGUGAAGAUGCUGCUCUCCAUUGGAGGGUUCGACGUGAACAACUAUACGCUGGUGUCGGCGGAAGAGGCCCACCGGCUGGCUGCCCACAUCUACGACGUCUACCUAAGCGGCUACGGCAUCGACGGCCCCCUCGGCAAGGUGAAGCUCGACGGCAUCGACUUCUACGUCAACGACGCCUCGACGUACGACUAUUGGGAUGUGCUGGCGCAGGACCUAAAGCAGCUGGAUGGGGGCAUGAUCUUGACGGCUUCCCAGGGUUGCAACCACACCGCUGGCAAAGCAGACAUGCCGCUCUACAGGGCCUUAAAGACGGGGUUGUUCAACAAAGUGUGGCCGCGCUACCACGGCCACCCCUGCACCUACCAGCCUUGGGACUCGGCAGCCUUCGCGGUGUCGGUACAGAACUGGGCCACAGAGUUCAGUGAGAUGGACUUCUACUUGGGGCUCAUCGCCAACCCCAGCUACUUUGAGGAGCGCUGGAUCCAUCCGAAUGAACUUCUAGGUGCACUAGCGGAAGCACGUCAGUACAGGAACUAUAAAGGAGUGAUGCUAUGGAACAGACACUGGGACGUGAAGUUCUUCGAGGAUGGCAACGGCCGUGCGCCCUACAGUGACCUCAUAUAUCCUAUAAUCAAGGCCAGUAGCACUUUUGCUGCGUUCUGA